AUGGAAAAUUUAUUAGCAAUUCAAAAUCAGCUCAUAGGAGCAAUUGAGCAGCUUUUGAUCAAUUUCAAAAAAGAUGGCGCCGACCGCAAGACGCCAGCACACAUCAAAAAAAGGUUAGACACCUUAGAAGCAUACUGGGUUGAAUUUCGAAGCAAUCAUAGUCAACUGUGCCAAUAUGAAGAUCGCAGCAACGAAUACUUUACCAAAAAUACUUACGAAAAAACGAAGCAAUUCUACGGUGAAGUACGCUCAUACCUUCAGCAAUAUCUAAAAGAAAAAAUAUUAGUGGACAAGCCAGGCACAUCCACUGAUUCUAUUUCUGCUCCAUCAACAAGAGACGACGAACGUCCUACAACGCCGAAGGUAAUCAAUUAUCCUCCUUCUACAAAAGAGCCACUACCAGAGCUCUUUGCUGAAGAACAAUAUCAACGAAGUAGACGCGAUCAGGGCUCUCCUAGCAAAUUGGAGGAAAUGUUACGCAAGCAGAAGAAAAAGUGGGAAUAUCAAGAUGUCUUAAGAAACUUAGAAGCUCGUUGGGCAGCUAUAGACUCAUUGCAUUGGGAAAUAGACAGCGAGCUCGUUGAAGAAAAUGAAGAAUAUGAAGAAACAUUCAACACGUACGAAAAUCAGUACAAUGACAUCAAACGGUCACUAAAUAGCAAAAUGUGGGCUGUAACGUAUAAAGAAAAAACUACACCUAUAAUGGACAUUCCAUUUUUUAAUGGCGAUUAUCAUAAAUGGGUGUCGUUCAAAGAUUUAUUCACAGAAUCUAUUCAUAAUAAUAAUUCCAUGUCUAACGCACAGAAGAUGCAAUUUUUGAAAAGCAAAAUCAAGGGUGAUGCUGAAAAACUCAUACAACAUUUACGAAUCACUUCGGACAAUUACCUAGUUUGUUGGGAUAUUCUCAACCACAGGUACAACAACACGAAAUUAAUAUUCAGCUCACAUAUCAACAUAAUGAUGUCGUUACCGACGAUGCAACAACAAUCGCCGUCUCACAUAAAGAAGAUUCAUGACACUACCAAUGAGUGUCUGAAUGCUAUUAAGAACCUGGGUGUGGAUAUAUCUACUUGGGAUCCACUGAUCAUACACCUACUAACACAAAAAUUAGACGCAGAUACGCACAAGGACUAUAUAGAGUCGCUUGAAAACCCUCGAGACCUCCCUAUAAUGUCCGAGUUUCUAGAGUUUCUAGAGAACAAGUUCACUUCUUUAGAAGCCUCACGUCGCAAACAAGACCAUGUACAGCAGAAGUCAGCAGUACCAUCUUUAUCCAACAAUAAGAAGACUUAUUUCAAUCAGCAGUAUCAGAAUAACCCUAAAGGUGACAAUCGGAUUGCAAAAGCGUUCCACGUGUCAACGAAGAUCACAUGUCCUCACUGCAACAGCAAAAAACAUGGCAUUUUUCAUUGUAAAAACUUUUUGUCGCUAACAAGCGACAUGAAAUUGAAAACUGCAAAUAAAUUGAAACUUUGCACCAAUUGUCUUUAUGAUCAUACCGACAAUAAAUGUUUUUCUACAAAAACGUGUCGAGAAUGCUCAGCGUUACACAACACCUUGUUACAUGACGCUUUUACAAAGGCACAGCAACCGCCGACUUCGAAAAUUAACAACGAGCAAGUUAUAUCACACAGCACAGCACAUGUUUCUAGAAAUCAAUCAGCUGAAAUUUUAUUAGCUACAGCGCUGAUUGCAGUUAAAGGCGCAGAUGGUACACGUUACACCAUGAGAGCGCUUAUUGAUCAAGGCUCUCAGGUUUCUCUCAUCACGGAAAAUGCUGCUCAAAAGUUAGCUUUACCACGACGCCGCUGUAAAGGUGUAGUUUUUGGCCUCGGAGCAAGAGAAAACAACUGCAAGGGCGUCAUGGAGAUAACCAUGUCCGCAUUGCAUGGAGAUUUCACUUUCACUUCAGAUGUAUUUAUUAUGCGAAAUCUCAUCAACAAUUUACCAAACCAAACUUUUGAGAAACCGUCUUGGUCACACAUACAAAAUAUAACUCUAGCUGACCCUGAGUUUUACAACAGUCGUCCUGUAGACCUGCUCCUCGGAGCUGACAUCUAUUCGCUUAUCGUGUUGGGCGGUGUCAUCAAAGGCGACAACUUAUCACAACCUAUAGCUCAGCAGACGCAUUUAGGUUGGCUACUUUGUGGAAAUGUGAAAACAUAUCAAUGCAACGUAGUUUUGAACAACAUGGAAGACAUUCACAGAUUUUGGUCUAUUGAAGAUAUUGGCGAUAAUACCCUUAAUAUGUCAUCAGAAGACUACGCAUGUGUGCAGCUUUACGAACAGCAAACGACCCGCCAAGAAGAUGGUCGCUACGUCAUACGACUCCCUAUGAAACCUGAUGCCAAGGAACAACUUGGAGAAUCAAAGCGACGAGCCGUAGCACAAUUUCUUCAGUUGGAGAAAAAACUCAAAAGAAAUCCAAACAUAGCAAAGGAUUAUAGGGACUUUAUGAAUGAGUAUAUCAAUCUCGGCCACAUGUGUGAGUGUACAAGUAACGAGACACCAAGUUGCUACCUGCCACAUCAUUGCGUAAUUCGUUCUGAGUCCACUACAACGGGAUUGCGCGCCGUAUUCAAUGCGUCAUCGCCUACGUCAUCUGGCCGCAGCUUGAAUGAUUUAAUGUACUGUGGACCUAACUUACAGUCAGAUUUACUAUCAUUGAUUUUAAGGUGGAGGCAGUAUAAGAUUGCUUUCACAGCUGACAUCGAGAAGAUGUUUAGACAAAUACUCGUUCACGAAAAGGAUCAACAUCUUCAAAAAAUCAUUUGGAGAGAUUCUACAGAUCAACUGUUACGUGAGUACGUACUAACAACUGUAACUUAUGGCACUAAGGCAGCACCCUUUCUCGCCAUGAGGACAUUAAAGCAAUUGGCAAUAGAUGAAGGCUUCAAGUAUCCUUCUGCAGCAAAAGCACUAGAGGAAGAGUUUUACAUGGAUGACCUCCUCAGUGGAAGCCACAGCAUUGAGGCUGCUAGGCAAUUACAAGCAGAUUUGAUUAAUUUACUCAAAUCGGGAGGAUUCAAUCUCCGAAAAUGGUCAUCAAACGAAGUUGAAUUAGUACAAGGAGUCAGCACAGCAGGCAGCAAUCAGCAGCAGCCAUUUGAUUUCAAACACCAGGACUCCACCAAAGCAUUAGGGCUCCGAUGGAAUCCACAACGUGAUCAGUUUUCAUUUGAAAUAAUACUGAAACCAUCAUCAUCAAAGCCAAUAAGCAAGAGAAUCCUAUUAUCUGAAAUAUCCCAGGUUUUCGAUCCAUUGGGGUGGCUCUCUCCCGUAACUACCACACUGAAACUUCUAUUUCAAAAAGUAUGGCUACUGGAAGACGUGCAAUGGGAUGACCAGUUACCAGACAACAUGAGCAUGGAAUGGCAUAAAAUCAGAAAAGAACUAGAAGAUAUCAAUCAAAUAAAAAUUCCAAGAUGGUUUGGAAGUAGCCGGAACGAAAGCAUUGAGUUACAUGAGUUUUGUGACGCGUCUACAAAAGCUUAUGCUUGUGUAAUAUACUGCAAAAUCAAUAAGCAACCAUGCAACUCCAAUCAACAGCCCUCGAUCGUGAUAGCAGCGGCAAAAGCUAGACUAGUUCCUGAGAUACAUGGAAGUUUUCAUGUAUCUCCUGUUUUCAAAAAUAUAUAA